AUGAACUUGCAUGCACCGCUGAUAAUAUUGCUGUUGUUAAGUGCCAUUUUCUGCGAAGUAAUCGAGGAGGAAGAGGAGGACCAGAAUAAGAAUGAUGAGAGUAAUAUUGCAUCGAACGGUAAUGGAGCCUCGAAUGGAUCUGGUUCGAGUUCGAGUUCGUCCUCGUCUUCCUCCUCGUCAUCAUCAGAUUCAGUGUCCUGUCCCGGUUUCAACGACAAAGGGGACGGCAAAAACAGUCUAGAGGUAGGAAAAGCCAAAGCCACGAACAUUGCCCAGAAGGCAGCCCAGGAAGCGAAGGCAGCGCAAGAAGCGCAAGCGGCGGCCGGUGCACAGGCUGCCCACCAGGUUAAGGAACAGUUGGCUGAGAAGGCCUUGGAAGCAGCCGAAGCCGCCGAGGCAGCUCUAUCCGGGAAACAGGCCAUAGUUGAGCAGUUGCAAGAAGAGGUACGUGAAGCUGAGGCGGUGGAGCGGGAGGAAUCGAAUACGAUCCAGCAGGAAGCGGGUAUAGCUGGUGCAGCAAUGCAAGCGGCACAGGAGGCACAGGCGGAGGUGAAGCUUUUGUCGAACGCUCUGCAGGUGGCUCAAGCACUUGCAGCGAAUGCGGAGCAAUCGGCUCAAGGUGCCCAGCAGCAGAACCAAGCCAAAGAACAAUUAGUUGAAGCGGCGAAGAACCGCGAAGCACAAUUGCAGAAGCAAUUAGAGGCUGCUCGGAUAGAUUUAGCUAAUACUAAGAAGGCGGCCGCCAAAGCAGCCUGUGCAGCGCACGAAGCCAAGGAGAGUGCGAUGCGUAACAAAAGGAAAAUCAAACGUAGCAAUAGAAUGAAGAAAAUGAGGAAAGAACCAACCGCACAAGAAUAG